AUGCCUUAUUUUGCUCUUAUUUGCCUUUUGUAUUUUCCCUCCUUUGUUUUAUUUUCUUUCUUUUCCCUCUUUUUUACAACUAUGCCUUAUUUGCUCUUAUUUCCUUUUUUUAUUUUUGUCCUUUUUCUGUAUACUCUUUUUUUCCGUCGCUUUUUGAACUAUGUUUUUUUUGUGCUCUUAUUUGCAUUUUGUAUUAUCUCCUUUGUCUGUAAACUCUUUCUUUUCCCUCCCUUUUUGAACUAUGCCUUAUUUAUGCUCUUAUUUGCCUUUUGUAUUUUUCCUUUGUCUGUAAACUCUUUCUUUUCCCUCGCUUUUUCAACUAUGCCUUAUUUGUGCUCUUAUUUCCCUUUUGUAUUUUUGUCCUUUGUCUGUAUACUCUUUCUUUUCCCUCGCUUUUUCAACUAUGCCUUAUUAGUGCUCUUAUUUCCCUUUUGUAUUUUUGUCCUUUUUCUGUAUACACUUUCUUUUCCCUCGCUUUUUGAACUAUGCCUUAUUUGUUCUCUUAUUUGCCUUUUGUAUUUUCUCAUUUGUCUGUAUACUUUUUCUUCUCCCUCGCUUUUUCAACUAUGCCUUAUUUGUGCUCUUAUUUGCCUUUUGUAUUUUCUCCUUUGUCUGUAUACUCUUUCUUUUCCCUCACUUUUUCAACUAUGCCUUAAUGGUGCUCUUAUUUGCCUUUUUAUAUUUUUGUCCUUUUUCUGUCUCUCUUUCUUUUCCCCCUCGCUUUUUUCAACUAUGCCUUAUUUGUGCUCUUAUUUGCCUUUUGUAUUUUUUCUCCUUUGUCUGUAUACUCUUUCUUUCCCCCUUUUUUCAACUAUUCCUUAUUUGUGCUCUUAUUUGCCUUUUGUAUUUUCUCCUUUUUUAUCUCUUUCUUUUCCCUCGCUUUUUUGA